AUGCAGCUGGAGCUGGAGGCCAGCCCCUCUGAAGAGGUGACACUCAGCGAUCAUUACGUGAUCCUCAGGACACUGGGCAAAGGCAGCUUUGCUGAGGUGAAGCUGGCCUGCCACCUCCACACAGGGGUCUGGGUUGCUGUCAAGGUCCUGGAAAGGGGCGAGAAGAACGACUCCGUUAUCAUGACUGAAGUCGACAUCAUUAAGUCGCUGGACCACCCCAAUAUUAUCAAGCUGUUCCACGUCAUCGAAAGCCGAGAGCGCACCUACAUGGUGAUGGAGCAUGCUGCGGGGGGAGACCUGGUGAGCCACAUCGAGAAGGUGGGCUGUCUGCAGGAGGAAGAGACCCAGCGCAUCUUCACACAGAUGGUGCGUGCGGUCAGCUACUGCCACGAGAACAGCAUCGCACACAGGGACAUCAAGCCAGACAACAUCUUGCUGGACGGCAACGGGAGUGUCAAGCUGUGUGACUUUGGCCUGGCCAUCAAAGUCGCAUCCGGGCAGAGGUUCAAGGGGUUCUGUGGCACCCUUGAGUACUGUGCCCCAGAGAUUUUCACUGAUGUGGAGUACGACGCUCAGGCAAAUGACAUCUGGAGCAUGGGAGUGGUUCUGUACACCAUGGUGACAGGGCGCUUCCCGUUUGAGGCCAAGACCUAUUCCCAGAUGAAGGAGAAGAUGCUGCACCCCAAGUACUCCAUCCCUCCCAUGCUCUCGCCCAACAUUGCAAGCCUCAUUGUGCAGCUGUUCACUGUGGACCCAGACCAGAGGCCCAAGAUCUGUGACGUUAUGCAGCACCAGUGGCUCAGGGGCGGUGAAGACCUUUCCAAACUGGCAUCUCCCUCAGAGGGGUGCCCCGGCAAGCCAGCUCCCAGCAUUGUGGUGGCUAUGUGGGCCAUGGGUUACAGUGCCAAGGACAUUAGGGACUCUUUACGUGAAAAAAAAUUCAACAACAUCAUGGCAACUUACCUAAUUUUAAAACAUCAGUCACCCUGGGGGGACGGCGGUAAGCGUCAGACGAAGCCUGUGCAGCAGGUUGCCAUAACACCCGAGGGAGGUCCGCCCACCUCCCAUCUCCUCCUAAAGAGGGCAGGGAGCGAGUCUGCUCUUAACAUCUUCACCCUGACAGCCAGAUGCCAUGUGUCUGACAAUGCCAAGCUUUCAAGGAGGAAGGACUGCAAAAGUCCCAGCAUGCCCGACAUCCUGUGCUGCCAGCAGAUGAAAAAUCUUCCUAACGCCAAUCCCCGGCAUACUCCUGUGACUGCCGGGCUCAUGAAUAGCAGCUUUUGGGAGACCAGCAUGACCUCCAAGGGUGUGUCCUUAGGUAACACAUCCUCAGAGGAUAUUUUUUCUGAGAAACGUUUGUCCUGCAGAGCACCCCAGAAUGAGGUCACCGCUGUGGACAGCCCAUGCACCCACACUAUGCCAUCUGAAAAGAACUCUGGGGAGGCGCCCCUGAGUGUGACCACCAGUGAUGUGCAUGAGACUGAGAGGCACGGGUCCCACUGGGAAACAUCUUCUGGAGAGAAAUGCUCAGGUGCCCAAGGACAGAGGGCGAAGGCAGCCUCUUCCCACAGUCUGCACCAAGGCUGGAAGAGGGUUAAAAGGAGGAUGGGCAAUUGCGUGCGGAGACUGUGCUGUUGCCUGCCAGCCCAACAGACAAGCCAGGUUUUCCAGAAGAAAGUGACUCCAGUGGAGGGGAAGGCAACGGAGUCACACAAAGUGAGGUAUGAGGGUGGCAAAGCUAGAGGAAAACCUGAUUCAGCAGGAAAGGGCGUGGCCAAGGUGGAAAAGAGCAAGAGAAAGAAGGAACAGGAAUACGAUGAGAAUGAAGGGGAUGAGGAAGAUGAAGAAGAUGAAUGA